CUGUUUGGCAACGAUUUGUAUAUCAGCAAGAUAUGACAAGACCAACACUUUUUCUUCCCCAAAUCCCCGGAUCUCUCCAAGUCUCAAUGUGUCAUAUCGGCCGACACACUUGACAACAUCCAUCCGCCUGAUCACCUGACCUUCAGCCAAGGAUGCCAAUGGUGGGACCUGGAGGGAACCCAAGCCUGGCUAGACAACAACCACGCGGGGAAGAGCAAGAGUCCCCCCCGGCAUCCCAUAGCCCCGAGGAUGUCCCCGGAUCUCAAAUCAGACGCCCGAAAGGACACCAAGUUGUCCUUACCAUUGGAACGGAUCGAAAGCGGUCAAGCGGGGCCGAUGCAACCACCCUGUGCCCCCUCGUCAUCUCCUUUGUUCUCGCCUCAAGCAACCAGGGAUGAAUCCUGUAUCUUAUUCCAUGAUGAGAGUAAAUCCGUGAUUCUCCUAGAUAUUCCAAGGUCCCUGGAAGAGGCCCAGGUUCUCUCAGAUCAGACCCCGCCUCGCCGCUUGCUUUCGGCCGAGCCCAUCUCGACUCCUUUCUUAGUCCCUGAGCCUAGGGAUGCUGAGAUCCGCCAACAUGCGCAGUCGCCCUCCACCCUGCUGGCGGAUCUCAUGACACGUUCUACGGUUAGGCGGGCAUUGGAGACGCUGAACUCAUCAUAUACCGGUCCCUUCUGUUUACCUAGGCGGACCACCGAACGGAAGCAACCCGAAAGCCACGGUGAAUCAGCCAGCCACUGGUUCCCGGAAGGCGCCAAGUAUGUCCAUGGCACAAUCGAGGAAAAGAGGGAAGAAUUCCUGUCAAAAGCCCCCGUAUUUGACCUCAUCAUACUCGACCCUCCUUGGCCGAACCGUUCCGCUAAGCGGAAAAGAGGCGGAUACCCCACCACGCGAGGCGUGGACGACACACGUCGCCUCUUAUCUCAGAUUCCCGUAGGCUCGCACCUCGCGCCCGACGGCCUAGUCGCUGUCUGGGUGACCAACAAGCCCAGCCUCAUGGAACUCCUGACCGCACCCACCAACGGCAUCCUCGCCGAAUGGGGUCUCGAGGUCGCGGUCGAGUGGACCUGGCUCAAGGUCACAGCGGCCGGGGAGCCGCUCUAUGAUCUCGAGUCGACAUGGAGAAAGCCCUGGGAGCGGCUCAUCGUGGCCAGACGGGUCGGAAGCAGCGUCAAGGUGCCUCAGCGUGUCGUAGUUGCCGUGCCGGACAUGCAUUCCAGGAAACCUAACCUGCGCCGUCUCUUUGACGACGUCCUCGGUCCCGGCUUCCGCGGCCUGGAGGUAUUCGCAAGAAACUUGACGGCGGGGUGGUGGAGUUGGGGGGACAGUGUGCUCGAGUCCCAAAAGCGGGAUUGCUGGGUGCUGCCCGAAGAGUCAUGAAACAAUUUAAGAACCAAGAACCACCCAGUCAUGGCAGACAACGCUCGAAGGAUACCCGCCAGGUGCGGAUGUUUAUAUGCGGCCAUGUUUUUUCUAAGACGGAUAUCAUACAAGCA